AUGUCCACUCCGAACGAGAACACAACUGCAGAAGAUCCCACAGAUGAAGACUUCUGUGGUGUUGACGACCAAGAAUUGGCUGCAGAUGGCUCUGAGACCGGAUCAGAAAACCUGGGCGAGGACAGUAUGGAGCAUAGUAUUGAGGAAGACCUUGAGCUAGAAGCAAUUUAA